GCAGACGCCAGACACAGUUUCGUUUGUGACCCGGACUUGUGUAGACGUGCUAUGGUGUUGAUUAGUGGACGCAACCACCACCACCACCACCACCACGAUUUGUACGUGGAACUCGAUUGAUGACCGCAGCAGCAACCCUUUCUUGAUUCGCAGUCCCGCGCGGCUAGUCAUCCGGUGGUUGAUCGACGCAGUGUGUUUCCGAGACGUUUUCUCAGUAAGCUAGUGAUAUUUUAGAGGUGUUGAACUCGUCCGUCGCACUGAAGAGAAUAACGAAAUCUCCCGGGGUAGUCUACAGGAGGAGCUGGUCGUAAGUCAUCUGCGAGGACGAAACCGUGUGACGGUUUGCGCGGGGUGCUUUGUACGGAUGGUGUCUGGAAACGACGAAGUGUCGUGCAAUAUGGCUGUGUGAAAAGUGGUUUGAACGACGACCACAGACAGCGGAUUCGGUCGUUUAGUGACGUGGGGGAAGAAAAUAAUGAAAAUUUGUUCUGGCCCGGCAUAUAUCAAACACCGUUCCAGAGUGACAUGUACAGCAGUCAAUCGCAAAGUUUGUGUUCAGAACGGUUGGUGGCUGAUGAAAGUGUCGCACUUGUCACGCAUCACAAAAAACGCAAGCUGGACCAACUACAUAACGCCGCUUGCGGCCCUGAAAACUACCAUCAUAAUAAAUACAAAUUGAGUUCACUUCACCAUCAUUACGAACCAAUUGUUGAGUUGGUGCCAUAUGAACCUAUUAAGUAUCGCAAACAUCAUGGUACAUCUAUUGCACCAUCUAACAUUAAGACCAGUCCAUCAUCUGCACAUAAUCAGAAUUUCAUACGAGCAUCAACCAUCAAAUUAUUAGACACAUACCAACGCUGUGGACAAAAGCGAAAGUCGUGUGAAGGCGGUGUUACAAAUGGUGUUGAGUCAAAUUUUGGAGUUGGAGGAGCAAAUACUGCAUCAACUGCUACUACCACUACCACUACCACAACGGGGCAACAAGGGAAACAGGGCGCUGAUGGUGAUUAUCAGUUGGUCCAGCACGAAGUAUUGUACUCAAUGACGAAUCAGUAUGAAGUUCUAGAGUUUUUAGGUCGAGGAACUUUUGGUCAGGUUGUAAAAUGCUGGAAAAAAGGAACAAAUGAAAUUGUUGCAAUUAAAAUAUUAAAGAAUCAUCCAUCGUAUGCUAGGCAAGGUCAGAUUGAAGUAAGCAUUCUGUCAAGAUUAAGCCAAGAAAAUGCAGACGAAUACAACUUUGUUCGUGCUUAUGAAUGUUUUCAACACAAAAAUCAUACUUGUUUGGUGUUUGAAAUGUUGGAGCAAAAUUUAUAUGAUUUCCUGAAACAAAACAAAUUUAGUCCAUUACCUUUAAAAUUUAUUCGACCAAUAUUGCAACAAGUAUUGACUGCUUUGUUAAAAUUAAAGGAUUUAGGUCUUAUUCAUGCAGAUUUGAAACCAGAAAAUAUAAUGUUAGUUGAUCCUAUCCGUCAACCUUACAGAGUUAAAGUUAUUGACUUUGGUAGUGCAUCUCAUAAAAGUAAAGCUGUAUGUAAUACUUAUUUGCAAAGCCGAUACUAUAGAGCUCCUGAGAUCAUACUUGGUUUACCAUUUUGUGAGGCAAUCGACAUGUGGAGUUUAGGUUGUGUAGUAGCAGAACUAUUUUUGGGUUGGCCAUUGUAUCCAGGGUCGUCAGAAUAUGAUCAAAUACGUUACAUAUGUCAAACACAAAAUUUACCAAAUUUAGACAUGUUAACAAAUGCUUCAAAAACCUCCAAGUUUUUUUAUAGGGAUGUUACGUAUCAAAAUAAUUGGAGACUAAAGAUAAUGGAAGAACAUGAAGCCGAAACUGGAAUUAAAUCUAAAGAAGCAAGAAAAUACAUAUUUAAUUGUUUAGAUGAUAUUGGACAAGUUAAUGUGCCAACUGAUUUAGAAGGUGGUGAGCUUUUAGCUGAAAAAGCAGAUAGGCGAGAAUUUAUUGAUCUUCUUAAAAGAAUGUUAUCUAUGGACCCGGCUAAUAGAAUACAUCCUAAUACUGCACUUCUACAUCCGUUUGUUACGUUAGCACAUUUAGUUGAUUUUGCUCGAUGUGAUAAUGUGAAAGCAAGUGUACAAAUGAUGGAAGUUUGUCGACGAGCCUUACCUGAUCAUCAUUCAAGUUCUGGACAAGCUGUACUUGUGCCAGCAACUAAUGCCAAUGUCACCCUUGCUUUUAAUAAUCAAUAUCAGUUAUAUAACAGUCGAUCAAUGGCCCGCCAAUAUAGUGGUAGCUCAAAUCAGCAUCAAGCGCAUCUAUCAAUACUUUGUUCUGCUGGUCCUGGAGCUUAUCAAACUGGAACUUCACCACCAAAACAUGUAGCUGUUAUGCCACCUCCGCCCCAUCCAUCACAAUUACAAAUACAACAUUCAACUAGUUUGAUUACACAACAGCCUGGCGGUGGUCAACAGCAAUAUGUGCCUGUAUCUAUGGUUGAUGGAAGUCGUCAAAUGAUUGCUACUUGGCCAGCUCCUCCUGGACCUCAUCAUCGUCAAAUGACUAUUGUUCCACCACCUGGAGCAGGAGCAGCUUCAGCAGCAUGGCAUUCUGCAUCUGCUGCCGCAGCUGCAGCUGAUUGGGCUGUUCCUAGGCCUCUGAUUGUUGACUCAGCUACUGCAAUAUUACAAGAUCAACGACAAGUAGCAUUUACAACAGCUGAUGUUUAUGAUGGUCUUUUGGAAAGCCCCACAAUGGUUGGUACUAUUUGGGGAAGUUCUAAUAAUAAUGGAAAAUCACGUUCUACAAAACACAUGGCUCCACCUCAAUCUCAUCAUCACCAUUCAAAUUAUCAGCAAGCACCGCCUGCACAUCACCACCACCAUCAUCAUAGGCAAGACAAAAAAGAUACUGUUAUAAACACUACAAAUCAACUCAGCCCAGUAAAAAAACGGGUUAAAGAAGGAACUCCUCCUCAAGAAUAUGAUGGAAGAAUUAAUAGAGGAAGCUUAUUAUCUACUUCAGACAAUGUUCCAAAUUGGCAUCAACCUUCUCCUUCUUAUAAACAACUGAUUAACAAUAGACAACAUACUAUAACUAUUCAUGACACACCAUCUCCUGCUGUUUCGGUCAUUACAAUAUCAGAUAGUGAAGAUGAAGCUUCAACUAAAGGAGUUCAAUUGAAUAUCAAAACUAAUCGUAACAACCGCAAAAAUGUAAUUUCAUGUGUAACAGUUGGUGAGAGUGACAAUGAAGAACUAUUACCAUCUAAACCUUUGACUUACCAUCAAAAACAACUUCAAAGUUUACGAUCAACUCCAGUAAUUUAUCAAUCUCCAUCCAAAAGUUCUAAUAUACAAAAUGGUGAAUAUAUUGCUUGUCGCAAUAGUCCUCCAGGUAUAGAGUUAAAUGGUGGUCAAUAUUCUCAACAUUCUUCAAUUACCAAUAACUCACAGCAACCUAUUUAUAUGCCUCAAUCACAAUUGCCUAGUGAAAUAAAACACGAACCCCAUUAUAGUUCUUCUCAUAGUGGCAAUACUAUGUCUCAGUCUCAACUAAAAAGGAUUGUAUCAAAAGGACAACAUACACAUCAAAGUCAAGAUUGUAAUAUUUUUAACGCUUUGGGAACAAGCAAACCUGACCCACCACAAGCUAUUGAAUACUACUGUAGUGGGACAAACUGCAAAGAUCCUUACCAUUAUGUAACUCCUCAUGAUCAGCAUAUAGUUUAUGCUAGUGACAAACGUUUAUCAUAUGCCAUACCCUCUACACAUAAACGCAACAUUUCCAAUCCCAUGGACUAUCAAUUACAGCCUCCAGUAGCCCAUUCUAGUAGAGAUUCACAUAUUAUUAGUGCUUCAAAAACAGCAUGGACCCAACAAACUAUACCAGUACAUCAAGCUUACAGAAGUCAUGUAGCUGAUUAUACAGCUGCUCAUCUUUCUCCGCAAGCCCUAGGAGCUAACCGAGGUCUAUCUCCUUUGGCUGGUCAGCCUUUGUAUCACCAAAGUGAUAUUUACCGCCGACAAGCAGUUUAUGUAACUACUGGUCAACCGCCAACUGCUGCUGCAUAUUUACCAUCUCCACAAGUUCCUCCUACUGCUUUUACUACAGGACCUAUUCCACCUCCUGCACAUCAUGCAAGCGCAAGACCUUUACUCACCACUCAUGCUACACAUCCAUUACCAGCUCACAUGCAACCAACUGCUGUAUAUGGAUAUUUAAGUCCAGCAAAAACUCAUCAUCAAUAUCAACCCCUUUGGUUCACUGAGUAGGAAUUAUCACAGAGGUCUGAUAGUGAAUUAAUGGCACCACUACUUACCAACACAGAUCAACUAGUCAUUAAAGUCAGACCUCUGUAUAUGUUAACAACUGAUCCUGUACACAAAUAAAGUAAUGUACUCUCAUUAUUAUGUAAAUAUAUUAUAUUAAGAUAUGUAUUGAACUUUUUUUUUUCAAAUUGUAAUUUUAAAAUAGCAUUCGUUGUCCUGUUUAACGAAAUCCAAAACGUGACAUUUCAGACUAAAAUAUUACUAAUUAUUAAAUUAAAUUUAAUGCACUUAGAUAUCUAAUUUAAUAUCAUAUAUAUAUUAUAUGUAAACAUUUUCUACAAUUUGAUCAACAUUUUUUUUUAUGCUAUAUGG